AUGGCGGAUAAUAUAUAUAAAGUGGAUGCGCCGGCUGUGCCACAAGCAAACGGGACGAGAGUGCCAAAAAAGAGAUUUGUAGGGAGGAAGACUGCAGAUGCGCAGGCGCAGAGAGCCGGAGGGGAGACUCAGCGGUCGCACAGCACAGCUAUACAGCAAGCAUCCACAAGACGGGGUCCUAGAGCACUGAACCAGAUCCCCGCAGAAAUACUCGAUGAUGAAGAUAUUAAAGCUGCCAUCUCCCUCCUGCCACACAACUACUCGUUUGAAAUACCCAAGACGAUACACAGGAUACGCUCGUCCGGCGCGAAGCGUGUAGCUCUCCAGUUUCCCGAGGGCCUGCUCCUGUUCGCCACUACAAUAUCAGAUAUCUUGAACCAGUUCUGUCCUGGAAUCGAGACCGUGAUAAUGGGAGACGUGACGUACGGAGCAUGCUGUAUAGACGACUACACCGCUCGAGCACUGGGAUGCGACCUGCUAGUCCACUAUGCGCACUCAUGUCUUGUACCCGUGGACGUCACCAAGAUAAAAACACUCUACAUCUUUGUCGACAUCGGCAUAGAUACACAGCAUCUUAUCGACACGCUAAAGCGCAAUUUCACGUCUGGCCAACGAAUAGCGGUAGUAGGCACGAUACAGUUCAACGCUACCCUGCAUGGGCUGAAACCGGUGCUGGAAAAAGAAGGGUUUAGCAUCAUCGUGCCGCAGAUAAUGCCUUUGAGCAAAGGGGAGAUUCUAGGCUGUACUUCGCCCCGUCUGUCGAGCGAGCAGGUGGAUCUGCUUCUUUACCUAGGCGAUGGACGCUUCCACCUUGAAUCAGCUAUGAUUCAUAACCCGUGCAUACCGGCGUACAGGUAUGACCCUUACUCUCGCACCCUGAGCCGGGAGCGGUACGAUCACGAAGAAAUGCAGGAUCUGCGCCGCAAGGCGAUAAGUGCCGCAAAGUCGGCGAAGAGGUGGGGCAUUAUAUUGGGCAGUUUGGGACGGCAAGGGAAUCCGCAUACCAUGAGGGUGAUUGAGGCACACCUUAACGAGAAGGGGAUACCAUUUGUGAAUUUGCUGCUUAGUGAGAUAUUUCCGGGCAAGUUGGCGAGUAUGCCGGACGUUGACUGCUGGGUGCAGAUUGCUUGUCCCAGGCUAAGUAUCGAUUGGGGUUAUGCGUUCCCCAAACCAUUGCUCACGCCGUAUGAGGCGUUGAUUGCCUUGGGGAUAAAGGAGGACUGGGAUAAAGCGAAUGAUGGCAUAUAUCCCAUGGACUUUUAUGCAAAAGAAGGCCUGGGGAGGACAAAACCUGGUACUACUAUCGCCUCGCCCGCUGGAUAG